AACAAUGGGCGUGAAAAAGAAACUCCGCAAGGGUAACGGACCAACGGAGGAUGAUCCACAGCUAAUCGCCGCCGACGAUCGUAUCUCAUCACUGCCCAACGAAAUCAUACACAACAUACUUAGCCGCCUCGACGCUCAAAAACAAGCGGUCUUCACCAGCGCGCUGUCCCGAACAUGGCUCGAUCUAUGGCGAUCUUACCCAGUUGUGGAGUUUCGCCAAGAAAAGUUCUGCUGCGGCGCCGCAGGGGAUAAAAGAUUAUCCCGAUUCGCCGCCUCGGCCCGGAGGUUUUGGAAGCGCAGGUCGCCGUUGGUUGCGUUCCGGUUAACGCUGCCCGGAAUUAGCAGAUUCGACAUCGUCGACGGGUUGAUUGCGUCCGCGUUGCGACCCGAUGGCGGAUCGCCGCUCGAGGUCGUGAUCAGCACGGGCAUCUCUUACUCGAUCCCGGAGGGAUCCUUCUCCAACUGCAGCCGCACUAAAGUUCUCAAGCUUCAAGGUUGCGACUUGAAUGGGCUGGGACGAACAAUUUCUCUGCACAGUCUUCAGGUUCUUGAUCUCAGAUGUGGCCGAAUUACUGAACAAUUGCUCCACCAGCUCGUGGGUAAUGCUCCUAAUCUCGAGUCAUUGAGUUUGGAAAAAUGUUUUGGAAUUGAAAGGCUGGAUGUCUCCGCUAGCUAUUUCCCCAAAUUGAAAACCCUAGAGAUUCACACGGGAGGAUGUUGGUCUGGGUGGGAUUCAGGGUUUGAUCUCCAGCUUACUGCCGCCCCUAUCCUAGAGAGAUUAGUUGUCGUCGAGUUAUUGCAGCCAUGUAAGCUGAGAACAGUAUCCUUGUCUUCAGCUCCAAAUCUCAAAUUCGUAAGAAUCAGGAGCUACUGCAGAGGAGAAAUCGCCCGGCCCGAUCUUGAUGUCUUCAUCAACCAGUUGCCAUCUCUUCAGGUUCUGGAAAUCCAUUCUAUUGUGGUGGGAAAGAACACCCAGAUGGAAAUCAAUCUUACUUCAGCAGCUUGCUUGAAGGCUUAUAAAACGACAUGCAAGCUGAAUGUAGAAUCACCAUUUGCAGCUCCCAAUCUCAAGGAUUUGGAGAUUGGGAUGACCAUCGAUGGAUUUACACAGUGCCAUCUUGAUGAUCUGCUUUACAAGUUGCCAUGCCUUGAGUCUCUUUCCUUGAAUCUCAACAAUGGUAGCAGCUGUGAAACGAGCAAGAUAAAGCUUCGCAGUGAUCUGAUUCGGAAGUUUCAGUUGUAUGACUGCGACCACAACAACAAGGGGGAGACCCUGCAGGAGCUUGAAAUUGAUGCGCCUAAUUUGGUUAAUGUCCUCUACUUUGGAAGUAUAAUGAGGCUUCCAGGGAAGAUUGAUGUUGUGAAUGUGGGUUCUGAUUGCCAAUUUGUAGUUGAGGAGUUUUGCCCCCCUCGCAUUACAACACAAUGGUUUCUGGAAUUGAGGCAAUCUCUUUCAACAUUGAGUUCUUUCCACCUGGUUAUGGUGUUGGGCCGCCUUGAUUUGUCACAACAGGUAUGAAUAUUUCACACCUAAACUAUUGCAUAAGUUGUUUGUUAAGUGAACUAAUGAUUUUCUUACAAUCUCAACCAUUGGCACAACUUCAUCCAUUCACAUAUGUGUUUGUUACUCUCCAUCACAUUACUUUAGUUAUAUAUAUGUUUGUUUCUUCAUGAAUCAAGGUCUCAUUCGAUUUGGAUCAAGUUGAAUGUUCUUCGCCUCCUCUAAUCAUUCAAGCCUUGCAACUUGGAACCACGUCGGAGGCUUCCCCAAACAAUCAGAAUGAUAACCCUCUUGCGAUUAUUCGAGACUCAUAUACAUUAUUUUUGGAACUGCCUUAUGUACAAAAUUGUGUCACUUUCCUUGAUGGUUUAUUUUGGGCGUGCCGGCCAAUACUCAUUUCCAUAGCUCAAGACUCGGAUGCAAAUCGUUGGUUUGCCAAGGUCAUGUGCAAGCAACUUACGAAUAAAGACGAUGCAAACUGUUGUGUUGGUGCCAAGUGUUGGCGACAUGAACUAAGAGAUGUGAAAAUAGAAAAUGCAAGUCAUGUCGCUAGGAAGAUUUCCAAGAAUGAUAUGGUUGGGAAUGCUAAGAUUUCUUUUAUAUUAACAUGGUGGUAGAAGAGAAGGGGGAGAUAAAGGCAAGUUAGAGACAAAUUGAAGAGUGAAUAGAGAAAAAUAACCGGAGGUUUCCCACCACGAGGAGCAGUCGCAGCAGUAGGGACACCUCGUCCACCACGAGGAGAUGGAGUUCGCGCCCUAAAAAACAAUUACACAAAU